AUGGCGAUUGACGACAUUGUUUGCACUCAUGACAGUGUACUGCAAAAGCAGUCUUCGAACCCAUUUUUUACCGGACAUAAAGUCAUUAACGAUCCUAUUCAUGGCCAUAUCAAACUGGAUAAUUAUACCGUGGACAUGAUCGAUACCGUACAAUUUCAGCGAUUGCGCGAUCUGAAGCAGCUUGGAUCGGCUUACUUUGUGUUCCCCGGGGCAAGCCAUAACCGCUUCGAACACUCCAUCGGCGUAUCGCACCUGGCUGGAACAUUAAUUGAACGGUUCCAACAAGAUCAGCCUGAACUGAAUAUUACAGAAGAUGAAGUGAAAUGUGUGAAAUUGGCGGGUCACAUUUUUGAUAACGAGUUCAUGCCACGUGCGCGACCUGGAUUUCAGUGGUCGCAUGAAGAAGCAUCGGAAAUGAUGCUCGAGUAUAUGAUUGAUGAUAAUCACAUUGAUUUGGAGCGAGAAAAUAUCAAUUUGAUCAAGGACCUAAUCGCAGGUGCUCCGAGAUCCUCUAGCCAAUUUACGGAACGUGGAUUUUUGUUCGAUAUUGUGGCCAACAAGAAGAACAGCGUCGAUGUUGACAAAUUUGAUUAUAUUGAACGCGAUGCUCAAAAUCUUGGAUUACGCAGUUCCUACGACGCCAAGCGAUUGCUCGUCUACAGUCGUGUGGUCGAUAACGAAAUUUGUUUCCAUCACAAGGAGGUUUAUAAUCUCUACGAAAUGUUCCACACUCGCUACAGUUUAUUCAAGCGAAUUUACACCCAUCGCGUGGGAAAAGCAAUCGAAUUGAUGAUCACAGAUGCGUUGUUAAGUGCUGAUCCCUAUUUGGAUAUCUCACAAGCUGUACAAAAUCCGGAAGAUUACAUGAAUUUGACAGACAGUAUUCUUGGUAUCAUUGAGCGAUCAAAAACAACCGAGUUGGCAGAAGCAAGAGCCAUUAUCAAGCGACUGCGUACUCGCAACCUGUACAAAUUUGUGGAUGAGUUUCUGGUACCGCCUGAGCUUGUGUCGCAUCUUAACAAGGAUAUGGUUAGUGCGAAAGAAAUUGUAUCCUAUCAAAAGAACGGGGACAAUUUGGAAGAAAACGAUGUGAUUGUGAGCUGGACCAAAAUCAACUAUGCCAUGAAAGAUCGUAAUCCUGUAGACUCGAUCCGGUUUUUCUCAAAGUUUGAUGACAACACGUCCUUCACGAUUCCAAAGCAACAAGUAUCUUACAUGAUUCCAUCCCAGUUUGAAGAAGUGGUUAUUCGCGUGUUUACACGAACACCGGAAAAGAUCACGGCGAUCCAAAGAGCUUUUAGACAACUGAUGAAGGGUAUUGCGCCUGUGGAGAGCAAUCAUGCCUUGGAACCCAAUGCAGCAUUGACAGUACCAAGUGAUUACGAACGGAUCCGAUUAGGAAAGCGACAACGCUCUUUCAGCAAUGGAAACGAUAAUGAUAUUGUGAAAAAAUGGGAGGAUGCAUGA